AUGGCAGAGAUUCGAGAAUUUGGUACGCAGAUGCAAGCCUUGGACAGCCGCUACUUCCAGGACUACGAUGAUCUAACACACGAGUACCACGAGCUCAAGGCCGGGGUGGUCCGGGAACGCGACGAGCUAACCCAAUUGCGUACUGCUCUUUCGGCUUCUGUCGCCGAAGCACGAGCGGCAGCAGCUGAUGCGGGUCGCGCAGCUGCAGCAGCGGCUGUGGAAGCAUUGGAGGAAAGGUUACAGGGGUUUUUCGAGAACUUACGGGAGAAGCUGAAGAGUGUGGUGGAGCAGGUGAUAGAGAAAUCGUCGCUAGAGGCCUCGUUCACAUCCACCUCCAUGGAACACCUGCAAGCGGCUAUUGACAAUAGUGUACUCGCAGUGUGGGAGGAUCUCAGGGCUGCGGACGACCAAAAUAAUCUGACUUUCAACAAGAUUCAGAAGGCUCUGGCAGGACUGUCAACAAAGCUCAAAGGGCUGACUGGACCCAGCAAGGUCCGAAAGCCACCCACCGCCAGGGGAGAGGCCACACCAAAGGCUUCGCGAAAGCAGCCCGAAGCAGAUUCCCCAGACAUCCCAAUCUCCUCAGCACAACGAGUCAUUGAAAGGUUUGCCGCAACGUCCGAGGAUGAGGAGGGUGACGCUGGUGAGGCGGCUGCAGAGGCAAGGAAGGCAGAACGCGAAAAGGAGCAGAAGCGGCAGGAGGAGGAGCGGAAGAGGGAGGAGGCAAGGAAGGUAGAACGCGAAAAGGAGCUGAAGAGGCGAAAGGAUGAGGAGGAGCGGAAGAGGGAGGAGGCAAGGAAAGCGGAACGCGGAAAGGAGUUGAAGCGGCAGAAGGAUGAGGAGGCGCGGAAGAGGGAGGAGGCGAGGAAGGCGGAACGCGAAAAGGAGGAGAAGCGGCAGAAGGAGGAGGAGGAGCGGAAGAGGGAGGAGGCGAGGAAGGCGGAACGCGAAAAGGAGUUGAAGCGGCAGAAGGAUGAGGAGGCGCGGAAGAGGGAGGAGGCGCGGAAGGCAGAACUCGAAAAGGAGCAGAAGCGGCAGGUGGAGGAGGAGCGAAAGAGGGAGGAGGCGAGGAAGGCAGAACGCGAAAAGGAGGAGAAGCGGCAGAAGGAGGAGGAGCGGAAGAGGGAGGAGGCGAGGAAGGCGGAACGCGAAAAGGAGGAGAAGCGGCAGAAGGAGGAGGAGGAGCGGAAGAGGGAGGAGGCGAGGAAGGCGGAACGCGAAAAGGAGGAGAAGCGGCAGAAGGAGGAGGAGGAGCGGAAGAGGGAGGAGGCGAGGAAGGCGGAACGCGAAAAGGAGUUGAAGCGGCAGAAGGAUGAGGAGGCGCGGAAGAGGGAGGAGGCGCGGAAGGCAGAACUCGAAAAGGAGCAGAAGCGGCAGGAGGAGGAGGAGCGGAAGAGGGAGGAGGCGAGGAAGGCGGAACGCGAAAAGGAGGAGAAGCGGCAGAAGGAGGAGGAGGAGCGGAAGAGGGAGGAGGCGAGGAAGGCGGAACGCGAAAAGGAGGAGAAGCGGCAGAAGGAGGAGGAGGAGGAGGAGGAGCGGAAGAGGGAGGAGGCGAGGAAGGCGGAACGCGAAAAGGAGGAGAAGCGGCAGAAGGAGGAGCGAACGAGGGAGGAGGCGAGGAAGGCGAACGCGAAAAGGAGGAGAAGCGGCAGAAGGAGGAGGAGGAGCGGAAGAGGGAGGAGGCGAGGAAGGCGGAACGCGAAAAGGAGGAGAAGCGGCAGAAGGAGGAGGAGGAGCGGAAGAGGGAGGAGACGAGAAAGGCGGAACGCAAAAAGGAGGAGAAGCGGCAGAAGGAGGAGGAGGAGCGGAAGAGGGAGGAGGCGAGGAAGGCGGAACGCGAAAAGGAGGAGAAGCGGCAGAAGGAGGAGGAGGAGCGGAAGAGGGAGGAGGCGAGGAAGGCGGAACGCGAAAAGGAGGAGAAGCGGCAGAAGGAGGAGGAGGAGCGGAAGAGGGAGGAGGCGAGGAAGGCGGAACGCGAAAAGGAGGAGAAGCGGCAGAAGGAGGAGGAGGAGCGGAAGAGGGAGGAGGCGAGGAAGGCGGAACGCGAAAAGGAGGAGAAGCGGCAGAAGGAGGAGGAGGCGAAGGCGAUGGAAAGGAGGCGGGCAUAGAGGGAGGCGGAAGGAAGCCGCAAAGGAGGAAGAGGAGAGGCAACAAAUGGAGUUAGAGGCGGAAACAGAGAAAAUGGAAAACGAGAGGCGACGGAUUGCGGGGGAGGAUGAGGAAGGGGCAGCGGGGCAACGGCAGGGAGGAGAGGCGGAAGAAGGGUGGGCCGGGAUUCUUCAAGUGAUUUCAUUGGUUCCCGAUGAACCGCUGCAAGUAGUUGACCUCGUGGGGGAGGUGGAGGGUUCGGAACAUGUGACAGGCUCUGGAGGUCUAGAGACUCAACCGCCUUUGAAGAGGCUUCGCAUUGACCAGACCGGAACGAACUUCGACGCGGAUGAGGGGUCUUUGGGGGCUGCUGCGUCAGAGGAAUGUGUCGGUGAAAAUGUGUCGGGAAAUCAGAACGUUCAACCAACGUUGGGGGAGGCGACGGGAGAGGUGGCACCGCGAAGAGCGGAUGUGCUACCAGACGAGCUAGGGAAGCGGUGGGGGGAAACAAAGCAUUUCAGAUCGAGUGGUCUUACCACACGCGAGAAGAAGAACAAAAAGGGGGAAGUGGUGUACGUGCGCUACAACUCAGAGCAAACCGUCGGAGGUGUGAAGAGGAACAUGGGGAGCUACAAGGAGCGGAAACUACGCGAUUUCACAGUGGCCGUCUGUUGGAUGGCCUACUUCCCCGACACCGACAUGGCCCAUUACGGCUUGGAUCCUGCCGAGCUUGGCUUGUGGGCGGUCCACCUCGAUUUCGCUCGUGAACUCCCGACGGGUGUCUGGAGUGUCAUGAACGAAUUGAACCUCGACAAGUUCGAGAACUUCGAAAACGUCAUGAACAAGACAAAUGCACGGGUGAAGGACGGCGCACGUUUCCAGGUGGCCGUUUGCACAGGGAUUGGACAGGCCCUGGUACACGGAGGGAGUGGGCUGGUGUCGCCCCCCGCGAAUGUCACUCCCGCGGUCUAUGCAGUGGGAUUAGCUGCAACCCACUACACCUUGUGGUGUGCCUCGAUCGGCAUUCCCCACCAGGACUGGGCGGAGGGUGCGGAUGAGGCGGCUCAACGAGGCAAGCCUUGCUAG